AUGUCAGACAGUGAAUCAGAUGUGGUAAGUUCCGUGAAUAUUUUCUAAAGUUCCUUCGUUGUUAGGAUCUUCAAGAGCUGGCAUCAGCUCCAGGACUUUAUCGGGAGGUUGAAAUCCCAAAGAGUUAUAUCAACAACAAGGUACAUUCCCUUUGCGCAUUUCGUUUCGGAGCUUGCAAUCAGCAGAAUUCUGCACCGCCUUUCUGUAUGCUUUUUUCAUACAUAUUUGUGUUGUCCUCCAAUAUUGACAGCCGAAUGUGUUGUCAUGUAAGUUUAACCGUUGUUUUGCACUGCGCACGGCCUCGAGCGAUUUAGCAAACCAAAUAUAUAUACAUAUGUGAUACAUAUGUAUCACAGUCUUUUACGCCAGCCGCAUACACAAUUAGGCGUGGGUCUCGUUAUGCGUCACACGCUUUAUUAUGGGAUUCUUUACAAAUUUUAGGCUGCCCCUUCACUAUAAAAGAAGUUUUUCUAUGGAUUAUUCGUAACUACAUCUUGGUGGACCUUCUUUAGCAGCAAAAUCAUUUACUCGUGGACAUAUCCGUUUGUUUCAAGCUUUCAAGUCAUCCAUCUCAAAGCUAACGUGACAAGCUCAAGGUUUUAACCCGCAUUUGCAAAUUCCAUAUCUUAUCUUUCAUGUUUUCCGAAGUCAAGUUCGUUCAGCCGCUGCUAACAGCUUAGAGCGGACUCCUUGAUUGCGAUGGGCUGUUAACGUUUGAUCGAAAAUCCGUCUUAUGCACUCAAAAGUUCUUGCUAAGAAAUUAGGUGGACAAUCGAAAUUUUAGGCGAGUUUUAAAAUCCUUGCGGUCCAGGUUUUUAUGCGAGAUUGUAGACUAUGCCCAUUUAUCUACACAAUAGCAUUUGUGAUGUAUAUAAUGGACACAUUAAGUAAGUAUACAACAACACACUUCCACUGAAAUGGGUUAACUACCUCAUCCUCUCCUUUUUGCAGCCGAUGCUUGUCAGUGCGUUGGAGCGCCUACGGAAUCGUCUUCCUUGGCUUGAGAGGCUUGAUAUUGUCAACGGGCCGGCCCCACCGCCGAAGGGCACUGACCUCGAUAACGAUGUCGAUAAGAUUGAUCCCAAUGAUGAUUUCAAGAGGGAGGCAUUCUUGUAAGUUGGAAGGCCGUCAGUUUUAUGCGCUAUACAGCUGUCCCUGAGUUAAAGUCCGGGAUUUCGGCAACGUUGGCAUAUUUUUACUUAUUGGCCUUUUCAACCUUAUGUCGAAUCAUUCGGAACACACUCCAACCCAUUCAGUUGUUAUUUAAGAAUCACACUCUUCCUUGACCUUGCUUUCAUGCACGAAUAUUUAUUCUGCUUCCCAGUUCAUAACCUUGUAGAAUAAUACUGCCGCUCUGCUUCAGUCUCAUUUAAUGUUCGCAGAGCUCGGCGCUGCCAUCAGGUAGUGUAGUUCUCCCUUCUAUAAUUCGUUUCGUCAUGUACUUUUGCUCGAUGCAUCCGGGAUCAUGUUUGAUCUAGCCGACCUCUUACGUCGCCAAUUGUGCCUCUUCAUGCUUGACGGGCGGCGACUGCAGACCUAGCAAACUCGAUUCAAUGGCGGAGACCGAAGUUCCGAAAGCCACUUUCAUGCCUUUACGGACUGUGCUGAGCUAGGUCUUGAGUUGACCUCUUCGACGCCUUCAGAUGAACCGCGAUGUUUAAUUGUGGAUAGCAUCAUCGAACUAAUGGGGCAGACAGCGAAGAACGCCACUGAGCCACCUCAGUCGUCCUAAAUCGAUGGCCCGAGGUAGCCUUGCGAUAUUUUAGCAACGAGCUUGGACUCUUGAGAAGAAGUCAGUGUACUUUACUCGAGGGAUAGCUUUCAAACAACGACAGUUAUUCACCUCUCGUCUUUGCCUGCCACCCACCCACACACACACACAGUUCAACAUUUACAACCGUACACGAGGGCGCACUUUGGUCUUGCUGGCAGUGGGGUUUUGAUUAAUGGAUUCAAGGAGUGAGAAGACUGCAAGCAGUGAAUUCAAUUUGAGAAUCCAGUCAACGGCGCAGUUAAGCAGAGUGAAACACGGAAUGCAAUCUUAUGUGGUUCACGUUGUUUUGUCUGUGCCAAUCUGCCUUCACGUUCAUCCACUUCGUGCUCCAUUUCUGCCACUGUGACGGGAAGGACAUCAGAAAGAACACAAUUUCGGAGACAUCUGACCUAAACAAGUUUGAUGUGCGGCCAGAGCAACUGUGACGAAGGAUAUUAUUAGUUCCUUUAGCAGAUGGCCUAAUUUCGCAUAGGAGAAAUUAACCACUAAUUGAAGUCUCAAAGCCAGCCACGUCUAUGGCAAAGAAAAUAUUGCCCUCGGACCCCAGUUAGUUGUGAGAAUAUGCUUCUGAGGAAUGGUAUCGCAUACGGUGUAAUUAUGAAAGCGCGUUUGUGGAGCGCUAUUUUGGCUGGCCUAGUGCUUCUUACACCCACGGUCACUUUAAGUUCUUCGGUUUUGCUGCGAAGCAUUUGUUGCCAUUUUGUUUGGUUUCAAUGAAAAUUUGAUAGGAGUGCCUGACAAAUGCGUAAUAGAGUAUCAAUAGCAAGGGUGAGGGGUCGAAGGCAUGACAGGUUUCGGAUCGGACCUUUUCGAGGUCAGCAGCUGGAUGAUCCACUUUGGCAGAUUUCCUCAUUCCGUCUCGUUAGUUCGUUCAUUUGAUUAUAAUUUCAAAGCCGUCGUUUGACUCUUGCCGAUGGCCUGGGAAUUUGAAUUUCGCCAUGUUGACCCCUGUAUUUUUUCAGUCUCACGGGACGACAUUGCUCCUGCACUAGUAGGGCUAGGCCAUCACAGGUGUCAGCCAGUUGAUCUGGAUAGUUUACACCACUUUGCACAUACUUGCACUCUGUUUCUAGCUGACUUGGUAUCCACGCGCACUGUUAACUAGGACUGUUUUUCAACGCUCUUCUGGUGUCUCCUGUUUUCAGUACCUUGCAGAACUUGUCCUUGUGAUUGUAAACCCGCUAAUUUGCCCACAACGACCACUUUGAUUUAUAUGUUACUCAUAUCGAUGUUUUUUUUUCUGCAGCUAUCGUCAGGCUCAAGCAGCCGUUUUGGAAGCCAUUCCUCGCCUCCACGAGCUUAAUGUUCCUACUCGGCGACCAGCAGAUUACUUUGCUGAAAUGAUCAAGUCCGACGAUCACAUGGUUAAGGUAAAGGGGGACAUUUUUUACUCAUUUAUGCAGUUUGUAAAAAGCAGACUUGGGAGUUCAACUAAUGCAUUGCUUUUAGGGCUGCUCACACCAGCAUUUUCCUCCUAUAGGUGCUCUAUAAUUGGGGCCAGUUUACCUGUCUACUAGAAAGCAUCUGCAGAACGAGGGACAAACGGCCUGUCACAGCCUGUUUGAACUCCCGACUAAAUACUGAAAUACCCGAGUUUUCGUAUGUAUGUUUUCAGUCUGUGGGGAGUCGGUUGGGACUGCGCCUUGAUAGUCAUUUUCUUUUAAAGUUGCGACUAAUCGACUCCCAAGCGCAGCAACAAUUUUCUCGAUGUCUUAAUUGUGAAUAAGCAAAUCAUCAUUAUUAGUAAUUUUAGUACUAUCCUUGUGAUUGGUAACGAAAAUCCGUUUGUCGUGCCGCUUUUCAUUCUGACCUCUUUUCACAACCCUUAUUUCAGCGUUAAUGGGACUUGAUAGCAGUGCAAACCUCCCUAUUUUGGACUUAGUAAACAGUUUGCAAAUGCAUUAUAUCUAUAGGUGUUGUUGCAGAUUUCGAAUAGUUCAUUUUGACACAACCUUAAAAACUGCAGUGUCGGUACGAUUCGAGCACACGACAGCGAGGAUUAGGCAGUAGUACAGCCGUAGAUAACUUGACACAAAUGUGAUUAAACUCACAACUCCCGGUGGGGCCUCGUAGCUCAGGUGACUAGGGCGUGGGCUGUACUAAGGCCUUUCCCUUGAUAUCGUGGGUUCGAAUCCCACCGAGGCACCGAGUUUUUCACAUUUGGGUCAAAAUGAACUAUUCAAAAUCUGCCAGAAACUUUUCAUUACGUGAGCCUGGCAGGUAUCUGGUGGGUUCUAGGUGGAUUACUUUAGAAAUCCUGCUUGGGCAGUCAGCUUUCUGUGUCAGAUUUUGUGGACUCCAGACGUUAUAUUAGGCUGGGCGGGUAACAUGAUCCAAAUGUGAUUAAACUCACGUCAUCCAGUGGGGCUUCCUAGUUCAGGUGGCACGAGCCUUGAUUGUAUAAAGUCCUCCCCUUGCUGUCGUGGGUUCGAACCUCACCGAGGUCACCCAGUUUUCCGAAGUUGGGUCAAAAUGAAAUGAAUCAAGGUGACGGCCCUUCGCAGACUUUCACAUGCCUGGGUGGGAAAAGCGAUUUUCUUAGGAUGACGUUUGUCUGAUGCGAUAAACUGCUUAUUGAAUUGUUUCCCUUUUGCGCUGAAUUUGUUGGCCAUUUUUACAGGUGCGCGAACACAUUGUCAUGAGCAAAAAACGGUUGGAACUGCGGGAGAAGGCACGUCAGCUGCGUCAGGCCCGCAAAUUUGGCAAACAGACCCAGAAAGAAGUGCUUGAAGCACGCCGUCUUGAGAAGAAGAAACAUAUGGACGCAUUGAAAGCUGUGAAGAGGAAGCCAGGUAUGUGGACAUUUCCAAACAUAUACGACCUACUAUAUGCUUUCAGUAAUAAAGUUAAAUUAGCUGAAUAUAGCACAUCUGCAUGUGUGUUUAUUUGAAUUGCAAUAGUCGUCUUGAUACCGUUAAGAAUGUUACCAGAGCCAUCGGUGAACCGCCUAUGUCCUCUCCCGAAUUUAUCACGGUUUAGUUUGUCCUUCGUUCUGGCUGUAAUUUAGCCGGUCCAUUUUAGGGAAGCAACUGUUUUACUUCUGUCUUGGCCACGUUCCCGCCAUAUCUGUCAAUCCAAUUUCUGUACCUCCCACAAUUUCGUCUUGCUUAGCGCUUGUUAUUGGAAAAAAGUAACACGGGGGCUCUGGGUUUGAUUAAACGUGGACGGUAAGUUUGCAACAAAGUGUACAUCGAUCUGGAUCAUUUGCAGACCCUAGAGGGUGAUGUCGGGGAUGGCUAAAAGAAACUGUAUGAUAGCACCCACAUCAUUGUUGCUGAAUCCAUUAGUGCAACACGCUGAAGUCGUUAAGGCUGCUUUGAUAACGACGGUGAAAAAGUGUGACGACUGAUCUGCGAGAAGAACCUUCCUCACGGAAUUUACCGAGGUCGCAUUUCUUUACUGUCGCCGUCCACCGUAAUGGAAGUUGAAGACAAUACAAAACAGCUGCCUAUCUCAGAAAACAGACGAAAUCCAAUAUCGUCCUGACAGUCUACGGAACUGACUGACGGGGAAUUCACCGGUCCUGGAGUGUUGGCCUGACCACCUGAAAUGCUUUUUCAACCGCUCAUCUCCAGGCUGCCGGCGGGGGGAGGCAUAAGCGCCCUUCCACAGUUGGUGUCCAACACUGACUUCCGUCGCCCACCCUCUCUGCAGCGCGAAAGCUGUGGCAAGGAGCUCAAUUCCUACCGAAAUCCACAAGUCUGGUUAUCUUCAACGCAUAGACAGGCUUUUAAAUGCAAACAUAAUGGUGGCAGUCACCACGGACUUUCCAUUCCAAGUAUUGCCGAGCUAAUCUGCAUCCGAGGUCUACUCACCAGCCUGAAUUUUCAUUCGCAAGUAGAUCUUCUUCAAGAGUCGAUGUUAAUUCCGGAAAAAACCGUCUCCUCUUUGCAUUCAUGCAAUUACGGGAAACGAGGAUCAGCCUUCGUGAUGGGUCUUUCCAACACUUUGCCUAGGUGUGCCAAAUGGUUUCAUGCUCUCCGCACCUAUGGUGGGGCACCCCGAGUAAGGAUCAACCAGGUAUCGCCACUACCAACAGUCGAACCAACGGGAAACUAUUUUGCAAUCCUCGUGUGCAGGCCGUCACAAAGACCUUUUCUUCGCCGACGACCGCGCAGAACAUCACAGCUGAAGCGGACAUGCGGCAGCGGCGACUGGGCCUUUUCUUCCCCUGUAGGCGCCAUCGGUACGCAGUGGAGUCGCUCUGGCAUCUUCAGCGCGGAAUUGACUAUAUGCCGGAUUGUUAUCCUGCCAGAGUUCCUCAAUGGGGACGGAGGCCCAGGUAAUGCAGCAAACCUGGCCAAAAAAUUGGACCACUUCCGCCUAAGCUGUCUUUAAAGGAUGCCAAAAGCGAAGUGGCAGGACCGGUUCUGCUGAACUGAAUCAGAUAAAACUUGGGUGGAGCGACCACGUCAUGAGGGUGACUGAUGAGCUCCUGUCCAAGUGACAACGAGCGCUCACAGGCAAGUUAGGCAAAGUAGACGUUGCGAACGCAGUGGUCUUCGGCUGACUCGCCCGAAUUUCCCAGGUCAUUGUUUAUUCAAACCGACGCCGCCCCUCGAGGAGGUGGCAGGGGGAAGAGAUUAGAAGUGGGAAAGACUGAAGCUGGAUCAGUCAUUCACGCCUGCGUAUUGGGUGGCCAGAAAACCCAUGUCCCUGUCCCUUUCCUUUUUGGAUCGAAAAUACACUGUCUGCGGGCCAAAGUUUCACACAAUAGACAUGCCUUGGUGCGUCAGUUCUCGGACUGCGAUAGGCGUUCUUCUGUUAGGUUUCCAGUUUCCCGGAGCUUUUCGAGCAUCGCCUGCGUCAAGUAUUAUUUUUUAAAAUAAAUUUUCGACCACCAUGCUGGCUGCAGGCUGAGCAUUUGGUGGGAGACCCUAUGACGCCUUUUGGACCACCUUGUCAUGGAUGAUUCACCGAAAUUCUCUGGUCGGAUGUGAUUUUGGUAGUCCCAUCUGAAGUCAACAAGCCCCAAUCACCUCUAAUAUGCGACCGGUGGUAAUAGGAGUUUUUAGAAGUGGAGCCAGCGAACGCACAGGUCAAGUAGUUGUAUGCAAAAGAAAAGCUAUUGGGAGUGCGUGGUUGUACUUUUAAUGGUUGAGAAAUAGUUGCGCUAACCCCUAACUAUAACCCCUUAUCCUAAACCCUAACCCCAACCCCAACAGGAUUGUGUCCGUUAGCUGGGGCUACCAAACCACAUCUUACCAAUUCUCUCCCUGAACAUCCAAGGCCCAGUGACUUCUUCCCUCCUCCGUCCACCUUGGCGAAUAGUUGCACUUUUUACUUCCCCCCCCCCCACCCAUCCCUCCCCCAAGAAGACCCCGGUCCGGACACGCGAAAUGUAGUCACGUCAGUGGAUUGUGCCUGCUGUAGGUGGUAGUUAUGAUGCCCACUGCUUUCCGCAAAGCAUUGCACAACCGUCCGGUGGGAACCCUCUGCACAGUAUCAGUGUCCUUUUACGUGACUUUAGGCCCAGAGUGACAGGGGCGGUUCGUCGUCUGGCUAUUUUUGGUUGGUCUUUCUUUCUCUUGCGCUGGUGCACAGCUUCUUCUUUCGAAAGUACCCAGGCGCCCCCUUCCCGUAAGACUUUUUGUCUGUCAUGCGAACAUGUGCGCUACUUCAUUUGCGGAGCGUUGCUUCGCUGCCCUGCAGAUUGGGCCAGAAAAUGGCCCCAAAAAUAGAGACUGCAGAGGCGAUCGCCGAAUUCCACUAAUCUAGCCCCCCGUCGACUGCGAGGUUGAUUGAAACGCGCGCCCUUAUGCUACCAUGCAAUAAGGGUUGGUAGCGAAUAUCACUGUCAGGUUGUUUUGGCCAUUCUCGACCACAAUAGGUCUCCCAACUGGUACUCGGAAUCCAACUUUAGGUUUCUACAGUCUGAAGGCGGGUGAUGACUUGUUGACAAGGACGGCAGUUAAGCCAGACAUGACCAGUCCAGUCGCCCUGGUCUUCGUCGACAAUUAUCUUACGGAUGUAUUCAUGUGUCCGUAGUGAUUUCCUUUGAUCCCAUCCAGGGCGUGUGGGUGCCGGGCAGUUCUAACCCCAAACACCUACUAACUUGUCCCCCCAUACUUUUCCCUGAUUGGUGUCCUCAUCAAGCGACAGUUCGGCCAUCCUUCCAAACGAUAUCCAUAGGAUAGUGAGGGCUGGGACGACGUCUUGCACGUGCACUCAUUUAUAGUGAUAAUAGACUUGCGCAGCAUCUACUGCGCCCCCUCCCCCCCCCCCACCUGGGCCUGACGUCAUGAUAAAGUCAAGAAGACCGGAGGUGACAAAGGGAGUAAGUGACUGGCACAGCAAGACCCACUCCUAGGCUCGCCAUCUCUGGUCCCUCCACGUACAACUCACCAGGAUUUUACACAACUGGAGAAACAAGGACGACUUGGAUCCUGAGUGGCAGUGCUAUAAAGGCCACAUUAAAAAGGAGCCACUGCAGCCUGACUCACCAGUGAUAGUGCGUGAAUUAGUUUAUGUUGAUGGUAGACUUGCACGCCAUCUACCUCACUCUCUCCUCCCCACUCCGCACCUGGACCCGGUGUCGAGACAGUCCACCAGUCGGCCACUCCACGCAAACACGCACUGAGCUCAGUGCGAGGUCCGAGUUAUCCCGUAAGUUGGCAGCCUUACAGGCCACAGCUCUUAGCGCACCGUGAUUGGUUCAGGCGCGUCAGAUUGUUUAUGGAGAGGAAUAUGCGCUGAAAACGUCGACCACACUUCCUCUCUUCCCACUCCCAGACAACAGUACACCACUCUCAAUUAUCUGCUGCGGGUAGUGGCCGAGGAAUGGUUGACAGGGCCAGAGAGCCUGUCUGCAGAGCAGAUAGCGGAAGAAAUACGGCGCGAUGGAAUACAUUACCGAGGCAGGGGGAGGGAGUGGAGCGAUUUCUGACCACACUAAUGAAUCCUCCAGGCCGUUGUAACGUUUGGUCUUUGCACUUUACCGCAAAACCAGGACACCCGCACACACGUUCACACUCAGGCCAGUGGUUAACUGCGGCGACUUCCCAGCUAUUGUACUUAAGGGGAGUUAAGAAUACAGUACGCACAGUUAAACCUCCGAAAAAUAUACGCGAUAACGCGUGGGCAGGCGGAUGUAAACGCUUUGGUAGCGACACGAAAUACCCGGGCAGACGAUGUGGUUAUUAUGUAUUAACCACUGCCUAUGGCUCCGCGAACCUGCGCUGAGCGCCCUGCCACAAAGGAGAGCGGACGGGGUGUCCUUCAAGGAUAUCCAAAUUUAAGUGUGUUCGAUCCGGUCUCGGAAGCAGAAUCAAGCGAGUUGUGGCAGGAUGUGGGGUGGCUCAGUGUCAGGCCGGUCACUGGACUCGAAUCACGAACCAGCCCCUUUGGCCUGAAACAGGAUGCUUGUGGGAGAUUGCGAGGUUGAUAUUAUUUAAUGCUUACGCAUGUCGCUACUGUUUCAUUGGAACGGCUUUAAGUCACCCUCGUUUUUAACAGACUUCAAGAAAGAUCCUGUUGAAAAAAGUCCCCUUGUCUUGUCCUCCAGCGGCAAAACCAAGUCUCCUUUGGCCUUCAGGCAAUGCAGAUGAGAAGCAAUUGCAGGCCUGUCAACAAAUAGGUACCUGCAGUUGACGAGAAAAGGUAAAAAUAAUCGCAGUUUGACUUCACGUGCACACACAAAAUGGCGCAGGUCGCUAACAAGACAGGAGGGGACAUGCGCAAGGCUUGGGUCUCUGACAGGCACACAGUGAAUCGAUAUACCGAACUCCCACCUGCAUACCCCAUGCUGCACACGCCGGGGUAUCGCCCAUGGAGAUUGAUUGCUCCGAUCUCACAUGGAUAACACUUCCUACGUACGUGCGAGUUGCCUGCAUUGCGCAUAGAGCAGAUGCGCUGAACCAACAUGGGGGCUGGAUCGGACUAUGGCGGGCGUUAUCGGAAAUGCACACCCAUAACAAAUACCAACAUUCGUGGUGCAGUGGCGGGCCCAGUUUCCGACUCAGACCGUGCCAGUUGGGGUCCCUGGCGCCCCCCCUCAUUGUUAUUGUUGUUAAGAGUCCUGGUGAAGUCUUUGUCGUGGACCGAAGGAUAUGGUGUUACGCCCAGAUGCGGGUCUCACCGUGCCAGCCACCUACGCCCUCUCCCGCCUCCGGUCUUCUUGACUUGGCCAUGAUGUUGGGCCCAGAUGGGGGUGGGGAGAGAGCGCAGUAGGCGCGGUGAUAGUCUACUACCACUAUAAACUAAGUCACCGUACCUGCUCUCACCCCACUGUGGAGCACACGGUGGACAUCGUUACUCCUGACUGUCGUGUGGGGUGUUCAUGUGUCGAUGUGGACUAUUCUGCUGUGAUUUGCCGUCUACCAAAUGGGCCCUCGCGAGGGUUAUAUGUGCGAGGACAAUGCCAUCAGUUGGGGCGAUGGUAGAGUUCCAGGCGCUUGGUUCUCUGUGCACCAAGCACCAAGGGAGGGUCCGUCCCCUACGUCAAUGUGCUCUUUUAGCUUCUCUCGAGCGCGGUCUACCCGCUGUGUGUCUUUAAUCCUCUCCCAGCUCACAUUUGUUUUGCUAUCUCUCUCUUAAGGUGGCAAAGAGCAGGCACAACUGCUGGAAGAUUUUCUCUCCAGUGGCAAACAAAGUGGAAAAAACAAGUCGGCUCCCAAUGCAAAGGAGGAGGGUCGAACCUUCUACAGACCGAAGGACGUCGCCAAUAGAAGAAAGUGA